AUGCCUCCAGCUCCAUCGACCAAGGCUCAGCCAAUGUCCAUAUCGCAGCUGUGCCAACAGAACGACUCGGACGACGACUUCAACCGCAACAACCUUACCACUGUCAAGCAGGAACUUGACCAGGAUCCCCUUGACCUCAACAACUCCGAACCCCAUUAUCAACAACAACAGCAACAGCACUAUCGAAACGGCAACGAUAACAACAACAACAACAACAACAACAACAACCACUACAACAAUAACCAACACAGAUACAGCAACUCAUCCGACGAGUUUGAAGAAUUCGACACUACCCCUCGAUCGAGUCAGCAGCAACAACAGUCAGUGCCAGACCCUGCAGAGCAACUCGCCGCAGAGGCUCUUGGCGAUAUGGCCAAUGCUGCUCCCCGUUCAUCAUCUUCCUCUACCACUACCACUACCACAACCACUUCUUCCUCUUCCUCCUUUGUCGCUCCCGCUACCCCGUUCAUCUCUCGUAUGUCAAGCUUGCCCCUCGUCAACUCGGCCUUGAAGGCUUACGAGUCCGGAAAGCAGAACAGCAAAGUCAUGAAGUACGGUGCCGAGAUGGUCGAGUCAAGUGUGAAGUCGCUCUCGAAGCCAGUCUUUGACCAGCUCGAGAAGGUUUACCCAGCAAAAUCAGAUGCCCAGGCCUUGCCAUCGCCUACCAGCUCGGCGCGAUCCUCAAACGACAUCCUUCGACCAGAUAACAACGGCGCCUACUAUGCCUAUCGGUCACGCGGCGAUAGCAUUGACAGCACAUCCUCCAACACCAGCUCUAGACCCAGCUUUGAUGUCCUCCGCGCUCGCAACACACGCCAUGAAGAAGCCACGUUGAGACAGCGUUCGGAUUCGCAAUCUAGCCAGCGUAGCUUCCAGUACCCUGGAUCUGCCAAUGGCUAUUACCCUCAACAACAACAGCAGCAGUCAUCUCAACCAUCACAGCAGCAACAACAACAGGUCGGCACUCACUCGUCGGCACCCUCGCAGCAGUUUUCGGGUUGGAGGGGAGUCGUUGCUACAGUCGGAACAGCCUCUGCCGCCGGUGUGGCCAUCUUUAGCGAGGAGAGCAUGAAGAGUCUCAAGUACUGCCUGCAAUGGCUCCAGUAUGCGGUGCAACACAUUGAUCAUCAGAUUGGACUUUUGCGUGCGUUUUUGGUCUCGUUGGCCAGCCCAUCAUCCAGCACAGCGAUGGUGCCUUCGACGGCGGCUUCAACGUUGGCGUCGAUUAAGAAGGAGGUUGUCGAGACGCUUCGUAAAGUCAUCAACGUCGUCUCUCGAUACGCAGGAGCCUGUCUGCCCGACCAGGCCAAGAUCAGUGUCCGCCAAUUCAUUCUUUCGAUGCCCGUUCGCUGGGCAACACUCAACAACGAAUCCCUUCCCUCGACUCCCAUGGGCUCGCCUUCGCUAGGCCCCCAAUCCGACCGCAGUCCCGAACAACAGGCGGCGUUGAACGAAACCUCCGAACGCGCCACCAAGGUGCUGGUCCUGGCUCAUGAAUCGUCUGAUAUGUUAAAGUCGGUUGCCUCGAUCUUCAAGGAUUCGGUUGACAAGGCCGAGAACUGGAUGGAUAAGCUGCGAUAUGUCGGAAUGAACCCUCAGAACAACAGCGAGGGUUUGCCCAGCUGGGCGCCUACUGGAUUCCCCGGCGCACCCCCUGGUGGUAUGCCUGGCGGGUUCCCUGGCGCUCCCGUGCCUGGAUCGUCCAAUGGUCUUGAGCAGUACUCUUUGCGCAACUCUUCGACUACCUCCUCUGUCGCCAACAGCAACGGACACAGUAAUGGAACAGCUAACGGCAGCGGAACUGGAUCUCCCUCGCGCAGUCUCAAGAGCUCUCCUCGGAUGAGCGGACGUACCGACAACCAUCGCCACGCUUACCGUCAACAGAAGAACAACAUGUCUGGAGACGAGGAAUCGGGCACAGAGGAGGAAGAUGUUAUACUUGGCGGCAUGGAUGACAGCGAGGAUGAACGUCUUCAUCACCAGAGCACAGGUGUCCAUGCACCGUUGAAGCGGAGCAUGGGAUCUGCAAACUCGACUCAAGGCAACGCUGUCCGUCGUCGCAAGAAGCGUGGCGAGAGCGCCGAGAUUGUUGCAGGAUUGGGACUUCAGAACUCUGACGCUGUCCCCCACCCUAUCAAGGAGGAGGUCAUGUAA